AUGCGACUAGGCGUACGGAAGAUAUCGUGGCCAACCCGUGAAGGAGCAGCAGAUGAAGUGAUUUUCGCCUUGCUAGAUGAAGAGAAAGAGCGUCAGCUCCUGCUUCAUCAAAGCGGGAAAACAGUGUCGUUCCAGCACAAUGAAGUGCGCCUGCUCCCGUUUGCCGUGUCGGAUGUCGCUCGCGCAUUGCGCCACAGCUUGAGUUUUGGGGCGCGAGUUGGGCCGACCAAGCAUUGUCGAGACAUCCGCAUGUACGAUAGCUACUUCCACGCGGUUACUGCUGACAGCGUCCAGCUGCCAGACGCCCAAUCUGCGGAGGUCAAGUCGAGAGUGCUUCAGUUGUGUGUCACUCAGCCAGAACGCACUGUGGUGACCUGGUCGGGCUACGUCGAGUAUAAAAGCCACAAGUUUAUUCGCCUACUGGAGAAAACGUGGGUCGUCCUGGAGUCCAUUCCGAUGCCGGCAACGGGAGGAAGGACUCAUGGGACGUUGAUGCGGGUGGUUGUUCGCUUGACGCCAGUCGAAGCUGAGCUAGAUCCACAGAAACCGGAGGAUAUUGUGGAGAUGGCAAAUGUAGUCGUAAGCACUUAUCAACGCCAUGGACAACGAAUGCUCCAGUCGAUGCUUGAACAGCUGAGCGAUUGCAUGAGAACGGGAACACGCAUUUGA